AUGGAAGCAGAAAUGAGGGCACUUCUGGAUGGCUUAUGUCGUCUUCUAGAUUACAGCUUGGAUGUUUAUCCUAUCCUUAUUGAAUCUGACUCUCAAAUUCUUGUGGAUAUGGUCAAUCACACUUUUGAACCUCCAUGGAGAUGUAAGACUCUUCUCAACAAGAUUUUAGCUAUCCUAGGGAGACUUGAUUUCCGAAUACAACAUACAUACAAGGAAGGAAAUUCUGUGCCUAACUCAUUCGUUAACAAGGGGAUUUUGGAUAGAGUCACAACUACGUAUUCUUCUUCAAACACUAUUCCUACUCACAUAAGACUUCUAAUCCAGCAAGAACAACGACAGAUUAGAUCCAUUCGCAAGAUGAUCUCUAUCAAGCGAAUUUGA